AUGGGCCUCAAACGGUCCAAUGUGACAAUAAUCCACCCGGAUCUGGGUAUCGGAGGUGCUGAGCGACUAAUAAUCGACCUCGCCCUAGCCCUUCAGAACCGAGGCCACCGCGUAACGAUCUACACCUCCCACCGCGAUAAGGCGCAUUGCUUCGACGAGGCGCGCGAUGGAACGCUGGACGUCCGAGUGCGCGGGAACACCAUCUUCCCCGCCCAUGUUUGCGGCCGACUCCACAUCCUCAUGGCUGCGCUGCGCCAGCUACAUCUUACCGUGUCACUACUAGGCGAGCUUGGGACAAGGGGGACAGCUACUACAACCACCGAUGCCGAGGAGGACCGCGACGAUAUCUUCAUUGUAGAUCAGUUACCGGCCUGUGUGCCAUUUUUGAAAUCAUUCGGUCGCCCGCGCCAGUCCCGACGCCAGCGCAUCCUCUUCUACUGUCACUUCCCGGAUCAAUUGCUUGCGCGCCGAGAUGAGGGCGGCUCGCUUCUUCGCUUGGCGAAGGUGUUGUACCGGUUUCCGUUUGAUUGGUUUGAAGGAUGGGCGAUGAGCGCGUCGGAUCGGGUUGUUGCGAACUCUAAGUUCUCCCGCGGGGUUGUGCGUGAUGUCUUUGGCUCAGACCGGCUGGGUGAUGUGGAGGUGGUUUAUCCGUGUGUCGAUAUGGAUGCUGGGGUAUCGGUGCCUGAGAAAGUGAAGGAAGACCCUCUCUGGGGUGGGAAGAAGAUCUUGCUCAGCAUCAAUCGCUUCGAGCGUAAGAAGGAUAUGGGGUUGGCAAUUCGUGCUUAUAAUAGACUGGGAGCGGAGAAGAGGAAAGGGACGCGGCUGGUGAUUGCUGGUAAGAAAUUGUGCAUGGGUUUCCGAUUUCGAUACAUUCUAACAUGGCAUUUUGCAGGCGGUUACGAUAAUCGUGUCCACGAGAAUGUUCACUACCAUCAAGAGCUAGAUGAGCUCGCGACCAGUCUCGGAUUGAAGACCGCAACCUCCAAAACAGUGCUAUCUGCGCUUUCAAUCCCCGACAAUAUCGAUGUUCUAUUUCUUCUUUCUGUUCCCACUGCAUUCAAAGAUACCCUGUUGGCGCAAUCAAAGCUCCUUCUCUACACACCAAUCAACGAGCACUUUGGCAUUGUACCUGUGGAAGCAAUGCGCGUUGGCCUCCCAGUAUUGGCAUCUAAUACUGGCGGUCCCCUGGAGACAAUUGUCGAGGGUGAAACGGGCUGGCUCCGGGACGCCCAUGCAGAUGAAGAGUGGACUGCUGUGAUGGACAAGGCACUUUACGGGCUGAGCCAAGAGGAUCUUCAACGCAUGGCUCUUGCUGGCAAGAACAGAGCGCAGCAGGAAUUCUCACUCACAGCCAUGGGAGACAGGCUAGAAGAAGAGAUCUCCACCAUGCUCAGCGCUGAAAGAAGACCAUUCAAUGGGUGGCAGCAGGUCUUUGUUAUUCUCAGUCUUGUUGGGGCUGUUUUUGCAUUGAUGGCCGCAAUUUUACUUCGAAUGCUGUAA